GCUGAAGAAAAAAACAUACGCGGCAUCUUGCAACCAUCGGAUGUGUAGGUAUGCGGUCACGUGCAUUACUUACUGCCCUCUGAGAGAACCUGCAGAGUUACUUACAAUCAGCACUACCAUGUCGCUUGUGCUGGCUGUGAAUGCCGGUUCGUCGUCGCUCAAAAUUUCACUCUUCCACCGUUCUGCUGAGAAUGCCGCGAAUCCGGUAUUACUCCUAUCCUCGUCCACAUCAUCCAUAUUCGCCCCUCCAGCCAAGUUUAGGCUUAGUUUUAUCGCCUAUCAACACAGGUCAUUGAACGAAGAAGUCGACUCUAUCCAUGAUCAUGCAUCGGCAUUUACGCACUUCUUGGAUCGCCUCAAGGAAGAAGCGAGCGUCGACCUAAUUGACAUUAAGCACGUUGCACAUCGUGUGGUGCAUGGUGGCGACUACAUAAGCCCUGUCAUGAUAUGCAAAGAAUCCUAUCACCAUAUCAAAAGACUGUAUGGCCUUGCUCCUCUACACAAUGGAUCCGCUCUUGCUGUCAUCAAGUUAGCCGUUGGCGUCCUUCCGCACGCGAAAUCUAUAGCAUUUUUUGACAGUGCAUUCCACAAAGAUAUUCCGGCUCAUGUAGCUACCUAUGCGAUCAAUCAGCAAGUAGCGCACGAGAGGGGGUUGAGGAAAUACGGUUUCCAUGGUUUAAGCUACGCGUUCAUGUUGCGAGCGGUGGCUGCGCAUCUUAACAAGGCUCCGAAUACUCUAAACAUAAUCGCUCUUCAUAUCGGUUCGGGGGCUUCCAUGUGCGCCAUCCGCAAUGGCCAGUCCAUCGAUACAAGUAUGGGGUUGACUCCACUCAGUGGACUACCUGGAGCUACGCGCGCUGGUGACAUAGACGCGAGCCUAAUUUUCCAUUACAGCAGUGGGUCUCCGGCGCGUAUGAGCCAGGACCCUAGUAUUCCAGAGGAAGCCAAAGUGACAGAAGCUGAGGAGAUCCUUAACUUGAAAUCAGGUUGGAAGGGACUCACCGGUACAGCCGACUUCAAGGAGAUCACGGAGAAGGCGAAUACAAGUAUACAUUCUGAUCCUAUAUCUCGCACCGCAGACCCGAAUACGCUUGCAUUCCGCAUCAUGUUAGAUCGCAUACUCCAUUUUGCCGGGGCAUAUCAUCUGGCUCUCCACGGAGACGUUGAUGCUCUGGUUUUUGCGGGAGGCGUGGGAGAACGAAGUGCCCAGUUGAGAUGUGCUGUCGGAGAAGCUGUCGCGUGCCUCGGGUUCACGGUAAUCGACGAGACAAAGAACAGUCGAGUGAAUGAUGACGAAGGGAUCAUUGUGGAUAUCGGGAGGAAUGACGGGAGGAAGAGGAUGCUAGUUUGCCACACUGACGAGCAGCUUGAGAUGGCAAGAGAGUGUUCUCUUGCAGAUCAAUUCUGGACAUAAUCAUAAUAAUAAUUAGUAAUACAAGUAUUUGCAGUGGCGGGUUCAACGUUCU